GGGUUAUUUUCUCAAAUGAAAAGGAACCCUUUUUGUGCUUGUGAUGGUGUUGAUUAUAUAAGGAAAAGAUGGGUUUUUUAAGAACAAUUUGUUUUGUGUUUUCGGUAGCUCUGCUUUGUUGUUUAUCAUUGACUUCUAGCUUAGAUUACAGUAAGGUUGGAGAAGAAGAAGCAUUCCUUAAUCAAUUAGUAGAUCCAGCAACUGGGGAGAUUGAUGAGAAUCUGGCUGAGUUGUUAUGGAUAAGUUGCAGACAAGAUUUGAACGAUUUAAAUGAAGCUUUUGAAGAUCCGAACUUGUAUCUUCUGGGGCAAACACCCCGUACAACCAAUGAUAUUACUGCACAAAGUUACUCAUUAGAGGGAGCAAGUGUUCAAAAAUUGAUUAGCCUUCUCCAUCCCGAGUUAAAGCGAGCUCUUUCUGACUGCAUAAGAAAGAAUAAUCUUCCGUUUCAAGUAUCUGGAGAUGAUAGUGGCUUUAAGACUGGGUACACCAGAUAUUUCGAGUCAUUGUUUCACUGGCAUGAAGCUCCUAGAAGGGUUUUGGCUACUGAGAGCAUUGCCAUAGCCCCUGCCUCGAACUUAGGACCAUCCCCGGCUCCCGCCUCUUCUCCUAAUUCUGAAUUUCCUCGUUUGAGUCCAGAAAGUCCGGCAUCUUUGCCCUCUUUUUUCCCUAUACCUUCUAAUGAAGCUGCAAGUCCGAUAAAUGAUCUUCCAAACAAUAUAAGCCCAGCCAACAUGGACCCGAGACACAAGGGGACUGAUAACAGUAGAACAAUUAUUAUUGCUUGUGUUGUGACUGCAGUAGUAACAUCUGUUGCUGCAGCGUUGUUCUUCUUGUUAUGCUGUCGUAGCGGUUCUUCAGCUAAACAAAAUGAUGAGAGGCCCCUUCUCAGUUUAAGCUUAAAUGAAUUCUCCGGUGGUUCUCAUGCAUAUGCUUUUGGAACUAAUAAAGAAGAGAAGCUAGGUCAUCAAUCGUUUGGAAACGAAUCGAGCCCACAUAAAAAGGCCUCGACUAAUGGGGAUGUGUAUAUUCAAUCUAAUGCCCAACAACUCUCCUUUGAUGGGAAGUCAUCGUUCGGAGCUGUUGCUGCUGCCCCCAUAGCCUCAGCUGGAUCUUCUAAUAUAUCAGGCAAUACUAAGCCACCGCUACCACUGCCUCCAGGAAGGGUAGGCGCUUCCCGACCCGUAUAUCCUCCUUUGAAGCCUUCUCCGGGCAGAGCAGAUCCUCUUCCUCCGGAACCUCCUGCCCCAAUUAGAGCCAGUCCUCCACCACCUCCUCCCCCCAUUAGUGCCAGUUCUCCUGUGCCACAUCCCUUUAUGAAACCUCCUGCCACCAUGGCCCCCCGACCUCCUCCACCACCUAUGCCUCCUGGUGCUAAAUCCGGUCCUCGCCCACCACCACCUCCACCAGGUACCAGUCUCGGACCUCCCAGGCCACCUCCACCAAUGCCUUUAGGUCCCAAGGUGCCUCGACCGCCAAGCGGACCACAACGAACAUCAAAUGCUAUCUCUGGCGAGGGACCUGGCGCAGCAGACGAUGGCAACACUUCUAAAGCUAAAUUGAAGCCAUUUUUCUGGGAUAAAGUUGCAGCGAACCCUGAACAUUCAAUGGUCUGGAAUCAAAUUAAAUCUGGAUCAUUCCAGUUCAACGAGGAGAUGAUAGAAACCCUGUUUGGGUAUGCAGCCAUUGACAAGAACAAAAAUGAUAAAAAGAAAGAGACCUCUACCCAGGAAUCUGUGCCUCAGUAUAUUCAACUCCUUGAUCCCAAGAAGGCGCAAAAUUUAGCAAUCCUUUUGAGGGCGUUGAAUGUGACCACAGAAGAAGUUUGUGAUGCUCUUCGUGAAGGAAAUGAGCUCCCUGUUGAUCUCCUUCAAAAUUUAUUGAAGAUGGCUCCGACAGCGGAUGAAGAACUCAAAAUUAGAAUGUUCAAUGGUGAAAUUUUGCAACUCGGUCCUGCCGAGCGGUUCUUGAAAGUUUUGGUCGACAUCCCUUUUGCUUUUAAACGAAUGGAAACCCUGGUUUACAUGUGCUCUCUUUAUGAGGAGGUUACUUUCACAAGAGAGUCCUUCGAAACAUUAGAGAUUGCUUGCAAGGAGCUCAGAAGUAGCCGCUUAUUCCUCAAGCUUUUAGAAGCUGUUCUUAAAACCGGAAAUCGCAUGAAUGAUGGGACAUUCCGUGGUGGUGCACAAGCUUUCAAGCUCGACACACUUUUGAAGUUAUCAGAUGUUAAAGGGGUAGAUGGGAAGACCACACUAUUGCACUUUGUCGUCCAAGAAAUUAUACGCACCGAAGGCAUGAAAGCUGCCCGUAUUGCGAGAGAAAACAAAAGUUCCGUUGAUCUUGAGGAUGUUUCCCCAUAUCCGGAAGAGCACUACCAUGGACUUGGUCUUCAGGUGGUUUCUCGUCUGAGUAGUGAACUCGAAAAUGUCAAGAAAGCAGCAGCAAUAGAUGCCGAAACCUUAACAGGAACCACUGCCAAACUUGGUCAUGGACUCCUAAAAGCACGGAAUUUCUUGAACUCGGAGAUGAAAAAUUUGAGGGAAGAAAGUGGUUUUCAUGAAACCUUAAAGAGUUUUGUCCAGAAUGCAGAGGUUGACGUCACAUCAUUACUCGAGGAAGAGAAGAGAAUAAUGGCAAUGGUGAAGAACACCGGCGAUUAUUUUCAUGGUAAAGCACAUAAGGACGAGGGCUUACGAUUGUUCGUCAUCGUACGUGACUUCCUGAUAAUUCUGGAUAAGGUUUGCAAAGAAGUUAGAGACGCCCCAAGAAAGCCGGUAAAAGCACAUAAAAAGCAGGAGUCCAAUGCAUCAUCAUCUUCCUCCGAGUCCCGUUUUGCACCAACUUCCCCCGAUCCUCAUCAGAAGCUUUUUUCUGCAAUUGCUGAACGGAGGAGGAGCGACUAUAGUUCUAGUUCAGAUGACGAGAGUUGACGACAGUGUUCUUUAAACAAGGUAUGCUCAUUGUAUGCUGAAACUUCCGUUUUUUUUUUCGCCCAAUUGAUGUCAUUGGCAGUCAAAUCAAAAUGGGAAGCCGUCAAAGUGUUCGUGACGGGAUUUUUUCGAUAAAAAAGAAUAUAUCUCAAGUACCAGAAGAAAUGGGUUCAAAUUCAAUGAUAGAUUUCAUGUUCAUUGUCGAUUUCCCCAUCUUCUGCUCAUCUUGUGCAAUAUUUGUUGGAUAUUCAAGAUUCCUUCAUUUUUUGUUCCAUAAAAUCUACAUUCCUUUUGCUAA